CACGACGAAACGUAUUUAUCAGUUGUUGAUACGGUGGCGUUUAUCGAGGACGUAUAUCGACUAGUCGAAUUCUCGAACUGAUACAUAUAUAUACAUAGAUAUCGAUAUCAAGCGAGAGGCUGUUGUCAUGGCAACGAGAAAGCAAACUCGUCACGACGAGAAAAGCGGAGAGAAACUCGUUGUAAAACUGACUUUCAAAUCAGAAUUUUUCUCAGGUAAUUUGAGAGAUGAUUGAAAUUUAUAAGUAAUACACGCGAGAUCGAGCAGGGAAAUUGUUAGCUAAAUUUCAAUAGUUUUUGACAUUCUCGACGGGAAAAAAUAGAGGAAUACAAGAAUGCUUUCCUCGAAAGCAAACGCGGCGCUGAUGCGAGUAAAGGAAAUAGAAACGAAAUACAAAUUGAAACGCAAGGAACAAAAAUGGAAUCGCGAGCAAGAAAGUGACAGUCCGAUAAGCAGCGUUUCAAUAAAUCCUUCGGAGAAGCUUUUCGCGGAAACAAAACAACUGCUAAAAAAUACCGCAAAAGCGAAGCUCGAAAUAAAAAUACCAAAUACUUACUUUGAAGAAGAUGUGGAAGAAACAAACUUUCAAAAAAACUCAUCGUUAGAUGCAAUAAAUCCGAAAUUAAAAGAAACUACUGACAAACCUGAGCUUGACACAGCAAUAUUGUCGGAAAAUAAAUCGUCGCCUUUCAUCGACAAGCAAGAAAGUUCCAACUCGACUAUUCAGGAGAACAGCUCGAUCAAAGAUGAUAAUUCAUCAAAGUCAUUUUCGCGCUCGAAAACAUUGCAAGAAACUCUUUCGAAACUUUCUCAACACGAAGAAAAAUCGACUGGAAAAUAUGGAAAAACAAAGAAAUCCGAUAAAUUAUCCAAAAGUACAGAGGAGGCACAAUCGUUUGAUAAUUCAUCGAACCUUAAGCGAUCGAGAGAGUCUGAAAAAUCAAAGAAAAAAGCAUCAAAGAUAUAUUUCGAUCCACAGUCCGAAAAACAUGCGAUCAAACAGGAAACGUCCGUCAAACUGGCGAAAAUAGCGAGUUCUGAGUGGAAUUCGAAACGUCCUAAUCGUUCUGAGUUUUUCCACGAUAACAGCAUUAUCGAAGAGUCGAUUAGUACAAUAGAGGACGUUAGUGAAAUUAAAUCGGAAAUGUCUCCUGUCGAUGAAACGAUCGCGGACAAAAUCGAAGAAAAUUCUAUUAAUGUUUCCAAAUAUUCCAAACAAAUGGUAGCGCAAAACGCGUCUACGUCAGAUUCGAGUAGCUCGAAACGUCUGGUAGUCGAAAGCCAAUACGCCAACGAUACGUUUGAGAACAUUUCGAGUUCGCCAAUGCGAUUGAACUCGGAAUUGCAGAGCGAGAAACCGAUCGAUGAAAUGAAGAAAAUACCCGAUUCGGCGCUAUCUAAUAUAAAGGAGAACAAUACGUCGCAUAAAGACAUAUCGAGCUUCUCGAAGACGUUAAUCGUCGAUGCAACAAAGAGUGAUGAUAAAAGCUCUUCUGAGAUCAAGAUUAUUACUUCUGUCCGGCAAGAUAGCGAUCAAGAAGAUUACGGAAAAGCAUCAAAACAAGAGACAACAAAAGAAUCUACGAUAGAUGUCGGCGAAUUGCCAGCGAUGAGCGACGAAGAUGAGACCGUUUCGGAAAAGUCUAGUUUGUUGAAAGAGGAGAACAGGAACGAAUAUGGUUUAGAGAAAGACGCAGAUUCACAGAUUCAUGAGGACACGAAGUAUGCGAUGAGAAAAUUGCACAGAAAUGUGAUUGACGCGUUAGCCAAGCACCACGUUCCAAUAACACGUUCUAAAAAGACUUCAAAAAGCUCCACUAAGAGCGAAACAGAGACUAAGGCUCGAGGCGUGACAAAAAUAAGAAAGAAAGUGAGAAAAGAAGAGGAGACUCGUCACUCUUCAGAAAAAGAUGAACCAGUAAAUUCUGACAAUGGUUGCGAACGCAGCACGAAGAGAAGGAGAAAAAGGCCUAAAGUUACAAAUGUAAAAUCAACAGAUGCUCGCAAUGGCGUCGAAAAACGGGGGAAAGACAAGGCUUUGAAGUUGAACGGGAAACAAAUGCUUCGACUUCAGAAGCGGAUUGUUGAAUUGCGACUGCGAGAAGAACGGGAGAGCCUCCAAAAAUAUAUGAACGAACUGAGGAACUCGAGACCAGAAUUGGAUCGUUCUCAAACCUAUUUCUGUCCUUUGGAAUUUCCGAAUAUAGCAGGAUUUACGGAGCCUGGUGAUUUACAACGUAAUCGACUUGGAAUCAGUCGAUCAGCGUGCCAUGCUUCAGGAGAGAGUUUUGGCAAUAAGACGGUGGAUGAAGGAUCAAUAUAUCUUGUAUCAUGACUACUGUAAUAUGGCGCGAGCAAUCAAUACCCACUAUACUCCCACAACGUUGGAGGACGCUAAAAAGACUAUACGCGAUCUACGAAAAACGACGAUUAAAGCCAGAUGACGUUGACACGCCCACCUGAGGCGCGUAGGUGCAUCCGCAAUGGUUCUUUUCGAAAGUCUAAUCUCUAAUCCAAAGAAUCAGAUUUAAACACAGCGAAAUCCUCAAAUCCAGAGAAAAAACUUGAAGAGCGAGUUUUAUCAUUUCACGACGCUGCUCGUCUGUCCGAGAGAUCGAGCUAUGGCG